AAGAUGCCCCCUCCCUCUCUCUCCAGUGAUGACUGUCCGUCGCCCACUCCCAAGAGAAAGUGGUGCACACACUGCAGAGUGAUAAAGGUCUGGAGACAAAACAAAAAGGAAAAAAGUGUGUGAAGGGGGCGUUAAGUGAAAGAUCUGUUGGCAAUACAAGAGAGGAGGUUUUUGUUUGUUUUGAGACACUCUCAUCAGGGAGCCCUGGCUGCUCUGGAAUUCACCAAGUAGACCAGGCUGGCCUCAAACUCACAGAGAUCCACCUGCUGGGAUUAAAAGCAUGUGCGAACACUCUAGCAAAAGAACGGAGUUUUUGCAGAGGCAAAUGCGCCUUCUAUUGGGGAGUGGUAGAGGAGAAAGAGUGGGGGCCCAGAGCCUUCCUGGGUGAUCUAGUCUGGCUUGGGUCUGAGUCCGGCAAACCAGCCUUCUCGUAGCAUCAUCUCCUCUUGAGAUGGCCGGCAGGGUCUGAGCGAGCCUGGGAAGCAGAAAAGUAGAUAGGGCAGAGAGAAGAAAGCAUCGGGGAAAACAGCCUUUUUCCACCUCCCUCCUCUCUACACACCCAAGACUACUCAAGAAGGAAGCGGCCAGGCCGCUAGGCGCCCAGUGGGCGUGGAGGUGGGCGGCGUCCGACGUCCCCACGUGUCCCCGAGAGGAGAGGCAGCGACCCCGAGAAGGCCCAGCGAGGAAGUCACCGCCUCAGGAUGUUGGUGAUCCUCAAGGUCUCUGAGAUUCCGUCUCUUCCCCUCGCGAUCCUGCGGGGCGUGCCUCUGAGGUGACCUGGCUUAAGCGUAGUAGCUGUCCCCACGGCGAGCCGGGGCGCGAAGGGUUAACGUACCUGGGCCGCCGCCCCUGCGGCCCCUCCUCCAGCCUCUGGGAAAAGAAAGUCUCAGCGGGGGCCCGGCCUGGCCCUGUCCCGCCGUCCCCAGCCGCAGCGGCCAGAGCAGUGAUCCGUGCGCGCCGCUCAACCGCCCCGGACCGGGCCGCCAUGUCUCUGUGGAAGAGAACCCUCUACAAGAGUGCAUGCCUGGCCCUGGCCCUCCUUGUGGCUGUCACCGUAUUCCAGCGCAGUGUGACCCCUGGCCAAUUUCUGCAGGAUCCUCUACCACCCACGCUGGGGCCACCCAAAACUGGAAAUGUGGUCAACCCCAACAACUUCUGGAAGAGUUCAAAAGAUGUAGUGGCUCCCACCCCCUCAGCCCCUCGGGGACCCCAGGCCUGGGAUGUGAUUACCACUAAUUGUUCUGUCAACAUCAACAUGACCCAUCAGCCCUGGUUCCACAAUCUUGAGCCCCAUUUCCGGCAGUUUCUGUCCUAUCGCCAUUGCCGCUAUUUUCCCAUGCUGCUGAACCACCCAGAGAAGUGUGAAGGUGACAUCUAUCUGUUGGUGGUCGUCAAGUCAAUCAUAACACAGCACGACCGCCGUGAGGUCAUCCGACAGACCUGGGGACAGGAGUGGGAGUCGGCAGGGCAGGGCAGGGGUGCUGUGCGCACCCUCUUCCUGCUGGGCACAGCCUCCAAGCAAGAAGAGCGGACCCACUAUCAGCAGCUGCUGGCCUACGAGGACCGUCUCUACGGUGACAUCCUACAGUGGGACUUCCUUGACAGCUUCUUCAACCUGACCCUCAAGGAGAUCCAUUUCCUUAAGUGGCUUGACAUUUAUUGUCCCAAUGUCCCCUUCAUCUUCAAAGGUGAUGAUGAUGUCUUUGUCAACCCCACCAACCUGCUUGAGUUUCUGUCUGACCGGCAGCCCCAAGAAAACCUAUUUGUAGGGGAUGUCCUGAAGCACGCUCGGCCCAUCCGCAAAAAAGAGAACAAGUACUACAUCCCCUCUGUCAUGUACAGCAAGUCCACCUACCCACCCUAUGCUGGCGGUGGGGGCUUCCUCAUGUCUGGUAACCUAGCGCGGCAUCUCCACCAUGCCUGUGACACACUGGAACUCUUUCCUAUUGAUGACGUUUUCCUGGGCAUGUGUUUGGAGGUGUUGGGGGUGCAGCCCACAGGCCACGAGGGCUUUAAGACCUUCGGCAUCUCUCGGGUCCGAGGCAGCCGGAUGAACAAGGAGCCCUGCUUCUAUCGGGCCAUGCUUGUGGUACACAAGCUGCUGCCUGCUGAGCUGCUGGCUAUGUGGGAUCUGGUGCAUAGCAAUCUCACCUGUUCCCUCAAGUUCCAGGUGCUCUGACGUUGCCCGGCCGCCAGCACUUUUGCCCUCAAGUCCUUGGGGCCCUGGGGCUGGAGCUACGGUGCAUGGCAUAGUCUUUGGUCUCAUGUGGGAGGUGAAGGGUCUGGGCCUUCUGUGCUCCUGGGUGUGGUGUGGUACAGAUAGCCAGAGAGGAACUCCCAGCAAUUCCCAGAGAGCGAGGCCCAGCUGGAACUUCCCUGACUGAAGGUCAUCUGAAUUCUUCUAGCCUAAGCCUGUAGCCUGGCCCCUCUAUCCUGGUAGGGAGGUCCUGGUGGCCUCUGCAGGGACAUUUGCUCAGGUACCUGGGCUAGGCCUGGCCCCGGUGGAACUGUGGCUGCCUCUUGUCAUCACAGGGGACUCUCUUCCUGUGAAGUGCCUCUGACUCCCUGAAGGCCAGGCAGCCUUUGUAGGAGCUCAGCCCUGUGCAGGUCCACAGGUGUCCCCUCAUCCACACCCCUGGAUCUCCCAAAAGCCAAGCCCCAUAGACUUUCAGCACAACCCAGGCUUCCCUAGAGUCUGCUCCAAAGGCAUGGCCCCUGGCUCUGUCUUCUCUCAUCCAGAAGCCUGACUGGCCGGCCACUCUGACUACCUCAGCACUCCUGUAAACCUCACUGUGGGCUACAGCCCACCCUACAUCCUGACACAGGGCUAAAGAGCAGUGCUCCUGGCCCCCCAAGGCACAGUGAUACCUGACCACAGCCCAAGCCAGGUUUCACCCCUGCAGCUCACCGACACUGACACCCUGGCCAGAAACUGGCCUGUUUGGCCCUAGAUGUUGAUAUUCCCCUAGUACUGUGAAGUUUUAUUUAUGAAGAGUUGGAAGGCGACAACUCCAGGCCUUGGGAGGUGGUAGGCCCUCUUCCUCUCUGCACUCUCCUUCAGCAGCCCACUCACCGUCUAGCAUCCUUACCAUCAUCCCUUGCCUUCUGGUACCACUCUGAGCUCUCCCCACUGAUACCCCUACUUCUCUGGGGCCUACACAGAUGAUUUCCCCUGUGAAAGAAUGCUACCUCCCGCCUCGGGCUGGGGUCACCUGGAAAAGAUGGAGGCAUCAUUAGUUUCUCAAUAAAACUGAACUGGUUGCUGAA